AAAGCAGGAGCCACAUCCUUGAAUCGUUUUCUCUAAGUAAAUUUGUUAAAUAUGAUUAAUUUUUCUUCUGUUCGACAAUCGGAAUCGACACAAAACUCAUUUGCUUUUGUUUCAAAAAGGAAUUAUUUUAAAAAUCUCAACAUACUUGCGAUGACAUCACGAUCUAUAAUUCAUAUAUUGCACUAUAAUAUGCAAAAACUUUUAAAAAGAGAACUCAACGAUGAAUUAUAAUAUUGAAAAUAAUAUUUCGAUUUAAAGAAAAACUACGAACAUGCACGGCUUACGAGCUGAACACAAUAUUAGCAGUUUGGGUACGAGUCGCUGGCUAGAGGCUCUUUGGGAGCCAGCUGCCAAAUUGUACACUUUAUCAAAUGGGUUAGAUAUGCUCGAUGUAAGCGGCGAUGGAGAUGCCAGGCUUGUAUGUGCUGAUUUGGGAGCUCUCGACAUCAAUUCGCCUAAGAUACGAGUUUACAAAGGAGGCGAUCAGAUAACGGAGCACAACAUGGUAGAUCUACCCUGCGGAGUGGUCGGUUUUUACACGCAAAAUGGAGAACCUCGAUCCUCCGUAGUGGCAGUGGGUGUUGGCUCUAGCGUCUAUAUAUUUAAAAACAUGAGACCUUACUUUAAAUAUUGUUUGCCGCACAUCGAGGCACAUCCAAAAGAACGAGAGAUUUGGCACAAGGCUGGAUUGGACGAGGAAUUGAAUGUGCUCACAUUAGCCGACGAAUUGGAUCUGUUGUUAAAGGAACUUGGGGCUGGAUUUAUUUCAUCGAGAACGUUGAAAUUCUUAUGCAUGGAUAAGAAUUUGAGAGCUAGCUUCGCAGAACAGUACAGAAGGAUCCCACUCGUUAAAAGUAACGCCUUAACUGCGAUUUCUGUGAUUCGAAGAGAUUCGUGGAACGAUCCGGCAAGUAGUUGCCUCGUGCUCGGUACGGAAUUUGGAGAAAUACUUAUAUUGGAUCCUCGAACCUUCUCCAUUAUGGAUAAACAUUUAUUGCAAUGGCCACCGGUUGCUUUUGCGUGUAUAGGUUUGUGGACAGGCGAUGGAAGAGUAUUAAUUAUCGGAAGGGACGGUAAAAUUGGCAUGAUAAGGAGGGGAAGUUCUGUCAAACUUUGGGAAAAAUUAUCGUCACCUGCUGUAGCCAUUUCAGCCCUUAAUAACGAGGGCAUCGCGGUUACCACGAUGGAUGGCACUUUGAUCGGUUUCUCCAGAAAGGGAAUUAAACUUUGGCACGUUCGCGUUCCGGGAGCAAUUUUGGAUUCGAUAAGCUUACCAGUUCCUCAAAUUGGACUCUCAUUGCUUGCUGUGAGUACAGCUGGAUAUGGUAUCCGUGUAUAUGACGGAAAGCAUCACGUAGACACGUUAAAGAUUAUGGAACCAGUUUCAGCUAUGAAGUACGGCAAAAUGGGUCAAGAAGAACGAACAAUGGCGAUGGUCACCGUAGGAGGUGGCCUCUGCGUGAAAAUUUUGAAACGCACCGCCGAUUUCAGUGUUCACAAUACAAUGUCCGAUUUACCGAUCAACGACGGUUCCAAAUUUCUGAUACCGAAGAAAACGCGACUGUUCGUGGAGCAAACGAUACGCGAAAGAUCGGAAGCGAAGAAGAUACACACUACUUUUCAACAAGGUCUACUUCGAUUGAGAUUAAUGGUAGCCAAGAAGGUAGUCGAAUCUUUGAACGACGGUCAAGACGCUGAAUCGCACUCUCUUACCGUGGAAGCUACAGUUUUAGGAUUGGGACCGCAUUAUCAAAUUCGCAUUUUGUUGACGAAUAUAUCCGACGAAUUGUCCGAUACGGAUCUGUACAUCGUUUGCAGGAGCGAGAACAUAGAAGUGAAACCACGUUUGAUGGAUGUGCCUCUUUUACCGAGCGGUGUUCCGAUUCCUUUUGUCGUUAACGCGAUUUUGAACAGUAGAAUAUCAGGAAAGAUGGAGAUUUUGGUGUGUAAGAAGUCGAGAACGAAACCAGUUACCGUAACGACAGUGAUUUUACCUGCCCCUGAAGAAGAUAUCGAAGUUUAACGUAUUAACGAAUAUAUCUAAGAAUCUAGAUAUUUAUAUAUCUUGGAACCUGUAGAAAUCUGUGAGAGAAAAUUUCCUAUGUAUUUUAUUUAAAUGUUGAUAUAUUUUAAAAAUGUUUAUGAAUAUAUAUGUAUAUAUAAUUGUAUAAAUAUUGAUAAAUUAUAAAAUUAAUUUUUGAACUAAAA